GUGCUCGGUGGAAUCGCGAAUCUUCACACGCAAAUCCCGCCUACUAAGAGCAAGCUGCAGGCGGAGUUGCGCACCUUUGCGCAGUUCAUCUCAGUGCUUGCCAUUUGUAUGGCUGUAGCCAUGUUUCUCAUCGGAUGCAUCGUUGCCAAGUUCGAAAAUGUUCUGGAUCAUUUCGUUAUGGGCUUUCUGGUAGUCAUUGUGGCCAACAUUCCACAAGGUCUUCCAGCUACUGUGAUGUCACAAUUGCGAAUAAUUGCACGGCGAAUGGCACAAAAGAACAUUUACAUCAAGAAACUUGAUCUCAUUGGUUGGUUGCGCCGUUUCGAUAUGUCUUUCAGGGUUAUGGUUCGAGCGCUUUAUUUGCAAACUAUUCUACGCAGUCAUUCGGAUUAUAAACAUUCCAUAAUA